AUUUCUUAGCCUUUAACCGCAGGUGGGAUCCUCCAGCCUGUGAUUUGCCUUUGAGUCUCUGCGAUUGCCACUGAUCUGGGACGAUUCUUUCACUCAGACAUCCCUCGCCUCUUAGCCGUCAUUGACUCCCUAGAUUGAGAUGCGAGCUUACCGGAUGAGUUAAGGGUUCGGACUUCUCGCCACGACUCCAUCCAUGCAUUCCGCUGAAGAGGUUUCUGACGCUACAGGUGCGGUGAGCACCGGUAGUGACGACCCUCUUUCGUCGUCCGCGACUACAAACAGACAGACAAUUACAAAUGGCACCAAUGGCACAGGGAGCACAUUGGGCGUCAAGAAAGAGAAGAAGAGAAGCAAGUAUCGACAUGUAGCAGCAUAUCAUGCCAAGGUGCGGCACUCCAGUCUCACGCGCGAGCCCAAUGUCACGGCGAGCUUCCUCGGCUUCCGCAAUUUGAUGGUGAUCGUCCUAGUGGCAAUGAACCUUCGACUCAUCAUUGAGAACUUUAUGAAAUAUGGCGUACUCAUAUGCAUCAAAUGUCAUGACUACCGCAAGCAGGACGUGGUUUUAGGAUCAAUUCUCUUCGCCCUCGUACCGUAUCAUCUUUUCAUCUCCUAUCUUAUUGAGUUGGCUGCAUCGAAGCAGGCAAAGCAGGUGAUUGGACAAAGAAAGAAGAAUGGCUCAGUCGAGGCCGCCGAGCGCGAUCAGCGCACGUUCAGGCUUACCUGGUGGCUGUCUGCUAUCUUCCACUGCAUCAACACUCUCUUGAGUCUCGGAGUCACCAGUUUCGUGGUAUACUUCUACAUUCAUCACCCUGGGAUUGGCACUCUGUGCGAGCUGCAGGCUCUCAUCGUCUCGUUUAAGAUCUGCUCCUACGCAUUCACCAAUCGAGACCUGCGUGAGGCAAUGCUCAACCCAUCUAUGGAAUCGGCCCUCCCAGAAAUCUACUCGUCGUGUCCGUAUCCCCGCAACAUCACUAUCGGAAAUCUAAUAUACUUCUGGUUGGCCCCUACGCUAGUAUACCAGCCUGUUUAUCCGAGGUCAUCACACAUUCGGUGGUCCUUUGUGGCGAAGCGUUUAUUCGAGUUCAUUUGCCUGACCGUUUUCAUCUGGCUUCUCUCCGCUCAAUACGCUGCACCAGUUCUCCGAAACUCGAUUGACAAAAUCGCCGUGAUGGAUGUGGCGUCAAUUCUGGAGCGAGUAAUGAAGCUAUCUACCAUCUCCCUCAUAAUCUGGCUGGCCGGAUUCUUUGCUCUGUUCCAGUCUUUGCUGAACGCGCUAGCCGAGGUCUUGCGCUUUGGUGAUCGGGAGUUUUAUACCGACUGGUGGAACAGCGCUAGUCUCGGAGGGUACUGGCGUUCGUGGAACCGGCCUGUGUAUCUUUUCAUGAAGCGGCACGUUUUCUCCCCACUGGUUGGCCGGGGGUGGAGUCCGCUCGCAGCGAGUACAAUGGUGUUUCUGGUCUCCGCCGUUCUUCAUGAGAUGCUUGUUGGCAUCCCGACCCACAAUCUGAUAGGUGUUGCAUUCGCGGGGAUGAUGUUCCAGUUGCCACUGAUUGCUAUAACGGCCCCGUUGGAAAAGAUCAAGGGCCCCUCAGGCAGGGUGAUAGGAAACUCGAUCUUCUGGGUUAGUUUCUGCCUGGUCGGUCAGCCUUUGGGAGCUCUGCUGUACUUCUUUGCCUGGCAAGCGAAGUAUGGUAGUGUGAGCAAGAUGGGCAUGUAGAGCACUGUUCGAUUUGCUGUUGUCGGUUUUCUUCAAUACUUCAAAAGCUGUAAACGGGCUAGAGAAUAAGUUUGGUGUCUCUGCAAACUCCAA